UUAUUUUUUUACUUUUCAUCGGAACAGUUGGUUGUUAAUCAAUUUACGAUGAUUUUUUUCCAGUUUCUAGUUUUUCAUUCAAUUACAUUGUUCAUUUUUACUUUUACAGCAUCUACCAAGUUAAAUUCGAUUCGGUCACCUCCAUUGUUGGCAUUUGGUAAUAAUGGUAAUUUCGAAGUAUCAAAGAUGGAUGUUUUAAGCGAGGAAAUUUGGCAUUAUCAUAAUAUCGUAACACAAUCUGAGUCGGUAUUGAACAAAAAAUUGCAUCUACGUGAUAUGUUGUAUUAUUCAAUAUCACCAGUAUUUCCGAUGUGUGGAUUGUAUGUUGUCGGUUCAUCACUCAAUGGCUUUGGAAAUAACUCCUCAGACAUGGAUCUGUGUCUUAUGAUUACUAAUCAAGAUCUCGAUCAACAAACUGAUGCUGUACUCAUUUUAAACAUGGUUCAAAAUGCUAUAAUGGAACUGAAGUGGAUUCGUCAGCAACAAUUAAUUUGUGCUAAAGUGCCUAUUUUGAGGAUUAAAUUUAGCGAGCCGUUUCAAGACAUCACCGUUGAUUUGAAUGUCAAUAAUUCUGUAGCGAUUCGCAACACUCAUCUUUUGUGUUUUUAUUCAUCAUUUGAUUGGCGAGUUCGACCAUUAGUUACUGUCGUAAAGGAAUGGGCAAAACGUCACGAUAUUAAUGAUGCUAAUCGUUCAUCAUUUACUUCAUAUUCUUUGGUGCUCAUGGUUAUUCAUUAUUUACAAUGUGGUACUGAACCGCGAAUUCUACCAUCGUUGCAAGAAAUGUAUCCUGAUCGCUUCAAUCCAGAAAAUGAUGUUCGUGCUUUAAAUGUUUCAUCACCACUGGAACCGCCAUCAUCCAACGAAUGGCAGUUCACCGAUACAACAACGCUUGGCGAGUUAUUGAUUGGUUUUCUGGAUUAUUAUGCUUAUCAUUUUGAUUAUUUACGGGACGCUAUAUCUGUAAGACUUGGCAAAAAAACUGAGCGCGCUUUAGUCGCACGACAGCAUUCUCCUUAUAAUACUAAUAACAUUGCACAAUGGAAUUGUAUUUGUAUCGAAGAACCAUUUACAUUAUCGAAUACAGCUCAUUCUGUGCACAAUCAGGUAGUAUUCGAUGCAAUUCGGAAAGCGUUUUGCGAAAGUCAUAAAGAACUCGAUAGAAAUCGCGAUCUAAAAGCAUUUCUUAAUGCCAAACCAAUUAAAAUCCCAUUAUGCAAUCCUUUUGGGUUUAUUUAUUAUUCACUAUCAUUUUAUAAGCUUUUACUUGAUUACUCAGUGUCAAGUGUAUCAUCGACUUCAGACAAUGGGAGAGAUAUAGAACAUUCAUCUGAUGAGACGGCAACAAACAGUCGAUCGUCUAUUACUUCUUGCGCUGAAAGUGGUAAUGAAACCAAUAUGAUAUCUUCUAAUGAAUUUGAGUCUGCUGAUUUAAAAAAAACACUUUUUUUAAAGUAUCUUUUUUUCAAUAUAUGUUUAUAA